GUGAUGUUUUGUCUUUCGUGAGGGUUUUGGUAAUCUGAAGUUUGGUAGCCUUAAAUAAACUUUGAUUUCGGGAUUCGUAGUCUAAAGAUUAUUAAAUUUAAACAAAUCGUUUAUCUAUUGAAGAACUAUCUUAAUAUAUUCCUUAAGGUAAAUUAUUAAACAUGGCCCACUACAAGGGUGCAGCAUCCGAAGCUGGCAGAGCCAUGCAUCUGAUGAAGAAACGUGAAAAAGCCCAACAGGAAAUUGAACUUCGUAAGAAGAAAAUUGAAGAGGAUCUCAAGAUUGAAAACAUUGAGAACAAAUUUGCCACACAUUAUGAUGCUGUGGAACAGCAACUCAAGAGCUCCACCAUAGGUCUGGUGACCCUUGAUGAAAUGAAAGCCAAGCAGGAACACAUAGUGCGGGAAAGAGAGAAAAAGUUAGCUCAAAAAAAAGCGGAAAAAGAAAAAGAGCGUCAGAAAGAAAUUGAAGCUAAGCAAGCACAGAAAAAUAAACAAAAACGACAGAUUCAAGCUCUCUCAUUUGACUUCAAUGAAGAUGAAGAAGAAGACUGUGAGGAGGAAGAGGAAGAUAAAAUUGAAACUUCCUGGCAAGACCAAAGUGAAGUUGUUUCAAAAAAAAUUAAGAAAAAUCCAGAUGUAGAUACUUCAUUUCUACCAGACAGAGAAAGAGAAGAGGCAGACUUGAAGUUACGUGAAGAACUCAGACUCGAGUGGGUCAUGACUCAAGCUAGCCUCAAGGAUGAGCCAAUAACUGUUACCUUCAGCUACUGGGAUGGUUCGGGACAUAGGCGGAAUGUAACACUGAAAAAAGGCAACUCCAUAUAUCAAUUUCUUCAAAGAUGCCUUGACACUUUGAGGCCAGAGUUUAGUGAAUUGAAAACUGUAUCAGCCGAUCAACUUAUGUAUGUAAAAGAAGACUUGAUAUUGCCACAUCACUACACUUUUUAUGAUUUCAUAGUUACUAAGGCAAGGGGCAAGAGUGGUCCACUUUUUCAAUUUGAUGCGUCUGAUGAUAUAAGAUUAGUGAAUGAUGCUACACAAGAAAAGCAAGACUCCCAUGCUGGUAAAGUGCUUCUAAGGUCUUGGUAUGAAAGAAACAAACAUAUUUUUCCCGCCUCCAGAUGGGAGCCUUAUGAUCCAACGAAGACAUACUCUAAAUAUACUGUCAAAGGAAAGUGAAUUAAUAAGUCUAUUUCUAUCUACAUAAGGAUGCGAGAACAUUUUAGUACAUAAUAUAAGUUUAACUUUGGUGUUCUUCUUAUACAUAAUAUACUGAGAUAUAGAGCAAUAUUUAUUAGGGGUAUAUCGAGGAUAUUUUUGCUAUUUUUGUAAUAAAAGUUAGCCAUUGA